GAUAUAUUUUGUCAAGUGUCUUCGCCGUGCUUUGUUGUUGUCUUAGUCCCACCCAAAAUGGAGUCGUGUCGCGUCGCGUUUUCCUCAUUCUGCCUCAGACUCUCGCGAAGCGCGUCGGGUUCAUCUAUGCGCGGGGAGCCAAGCGCCCCUGUCCUGCAUUUCAAAACCUUUAUGAAACUAGUGUACUCGAUUAAAACGACAUCGUAGGGCCGUUCCAGAUUGAACAGGCCCUCUGCUCUCACUCCUCUGUCGUUGCCGGCGCCCAGCGCGGGUUUAUGUCUGUUAAAGCUGCUGUGAAAGUGUUUCUGUGCCGCUGCUGGUUGUGUGGUAUAGUCCGACUGGAACUCCCAACCUGCGGGCUUCAGACGGGGGGGAGAGAGCCUCACAGACAGCCAGAGCCCUUCAUUCGCCAUCACAGCCUUUAUAAACUCUGUAUCUGUCUCAGGGUUUGAAGAGGCCCGGGGUGAUCGGCGUCUGUGUGUGUGUUUUUUUGCGUCGCUGGUGUUGGGUAUCUUCUGUCCGGCCGUGUGUCUCCUCUAACGUUACCCCCGUGCAGUAUUAGACUGACCGCUGCUCCAGUAGCGUUGCGCGCCCGUGUUCGGGUUAAACCGCGAGCUUUUAGCAUUUCAGUAAAUUACUAAUAAUAACACUAUCAACGGAUGAACUGCGUCGAGCCUGAGCUUUUAUCUGUUCCGUUCACAUCAGCCACUGUCAGACUGAUCAUGUUAUUUUUUAAGUACAUUAGAGUUCCAUGUAAAUCUCAUGGCAUAAAUUAUCAUUAUGAUAAUAAUGAUUUUUGUAAGCGAGUUAUCCCAUUAAUUUGGAGUAACGUUAUUUCUUAUACAAGAUGAACACAGUCUGGUCUGGAAAAAUCUUGCGAAUAUGAAAACUGAGAUUUCCAAAGGUUUCCCUGAGGCCAAGUCAAAUGUAUUUGUCUAAUGCUUGACACAAUGCACACCUUUGCAAGGCAUCUUUACAGAAAAAUAGUUUUUGUUUAUAACAUCUCAUUCCUUUAGCUGAUUGGAAUUGGGCAGUUAUAUAGUUUACAUUUUAUAAUAGUAGAUGCAGUCAAACAGUUGAGUUUGCUAUUAUGUAUCACCUUACAUAAGAUGUUGGGGAUGUAACACAUUACAAGUAACGUGGGUUAUGUAAUCAGAUUACUUUUUUCAAGUAACUAGUAAAGUAACGCAUUACAUUUUAAUUUACAAGAAAAUAACUGAGUUACAAGUCCCCUGUCCCCAAAUUGGGAGAAAUCUGAAGUAAAGAGCCAUUGUGUGCACUGUGUGAACAUGAUGUAGAUCUAGAGUGAAUGUAAAUGUGCAUUUAUUAAUCACUCGAGAAAAAGUCUUAGUAUUCAUCAAAAUGAAUUAAGAAAGUGAAAUGCAAACUCAGAAUAUGUCACAAACUGGCAAUAAUUAAAUAUGUUAAAUAACACAAAUGUAUCUAAUCCCAUAUAAUGAACUGAUGUCUUUGCUGCUGAUCUUUGAUGAUCCAAUGCAACGACGUGAAUUUAUUUUUCCUUCAGCCUGAGGUUUAUUCAUUACAGUUUAUGGUGUUAACAAACACCUCGGGCAUCUCUGGUGACGAAUGCAGGACUUCUCUAGUCAUUUAGUCAAAAGGAAGGACACGUCCUCGUAAGGCUGCCACAUCAUAAAGCUUUGUGAAGUGGCUGAUGAGCGGUGGAUUGGUGGAGGAGGGGUUCGCUCUCACCUCGUUCUGAUGCAAUGGAGGCCAAGCAGGAGUCAACACAUGUGUGGAGUACAGCAGCCAACAAUGACACUGGAAAUACUCCUCAGGUGCAUUUCGAGAGCGGUGCGGUGGCUCAGAUCGUGUACAGCGGAGAGCAGUCUGACCGCGCUCAGCAGCAGGUCGUGUACGCUGCAGACGGGAGCUCCUACACCUCGGUGGAGUCGGCCGAACACACACUGGUGUACAUACACCCAGCCGAUGGAUCGCAGGCGGUGUUUACAGAUCAGCCCCAAGUGGCCUAUAUUCAGCAAGAUGGCACAACACAACAGGUGACUGUGUUGCUUCCCAGCGGUCAGAACAUGAACACUGCAAAUCUGCACGUACUGAGUAAUGUAGCUGAUGGCCCACAGGCGAUCCUGGAGCCUGUGACACAGAGCCAACUUGCUGUGACUAAUGCAGCUCUUCCGAACAUGCCGGAGGCCUCGUCGAGUCCCCUGGGGGCCACCGAUUCCACUGUGGAUUCAGAGGAUGAGGAGGAAGACAACGAUAGCGACGAUUCUGACAUGGACGACUGGGAACCCAGGACGCCCCAGCCGUUCACCCCUCAGAACCUCUGGUGUGAAGACUGUAACAAUGCUAAUCUUGGAGCAUGUAUGAAACACGGUCCUCUGCACCCCAUCCUGAGCCGCCCUGUGAUGUCCAAGGCUCGGGCCAGUCUUCCUCUCGUCCUGUAUAUCGACCGCUUCCUGGGCGGAGUCUUUACCAAGAGGCGUAUCCCCAAACGCACACAGUUCGGUCCUAUAGAGGGGCCGCUGGUGUCACAGAGCCAGCUGCAGGACACGCACAUCCACCUCAAAUUAUACAUGCUAGACCCUGAAAAAGAAGGCGAGAGGGCAGAGGACCUCUGGUUUGACCUGACUGAUGAAGAGCGAUGUAACUGGAUGAUGUUUGUCCGGCCGGCUCAGAAUCACCUGGAGCAGAACCUGGUGGCUUAUCAAUACGGCUCGGACAUCUUUUACACCACCAUUAAGAACAUACAGCCCAAACAGGAGCUUAAGGUGUGGUACGCUGCAUCAUAUGCCGAGUUUGUCCACCAGAAAGUUCAUGAUGUCACAGAUGAAGAGAGAAAAGUUUUACGUGAGCAGGAGAAGAACUGGCCGUGCUAUGAGUGUAACAGACGGUUCAUGAGCUCAGAGCAGCUUCAGCAGCACUUAAACAUGCACGACGACAAGCUGAACCUCAUCCAAAGGCCAAAAGGCCGCGGCCGAGGAAGGGGCAGGAAACGAUUCGGUGCUGCACGGCGACCAGGACGACGUACGAAAUUCAUCUGCCCACAGACUCCUGUUGAGAGUGCUGACAAAACACAGGAGCUUUUAGCAUCUGUAGAUAAACUACCAUUUGAGGAGCGAACGGACGGAGCUCUAAAUGGGCUGAAGGGGGUAGAAAUGGCAGCUGAAUCGAUGGAGACCGAGACGGAAGAAGGGCUUGAUACCCCAGAAACCCACACCGAGGUACUGCAAGAGGAGGGGGAUUCUGUCACCCCACCUCCAGCCACAGAAGUCCCAGAGUCUGCCAAAGAGGACCUGUCUCAGACAAGUCCCGAAGACCCCCACCUCACACCACAGGACAUGAGGAGGGCGAGGAGGAUUAGGGUGGACAUGCAGAAUGCCGCUCUCCAGCAUCUAUUCAUCCGUAAGUCCUUUCGACCCUUUAAAUGUUCUCAUUGCGGGAAAGCCUUUCGAGAUAAAGACAAGCUGGAGCAGCACAUGCGAUACCACGGGCGGGACGGCUGCCGUCACAUGUGCCAUCAGUGCGGUAAGGGCUUCCUGUCCAGCUCUGCGCUUGAGGAUCACCUGCAGCUGCACUCGGACCAGCGCACCUACUCCUGCCUCUUCUGCGCCGAGUCCUACGACAGACUGGACCUGCUCAAAGUGCAUGUGGAGGUUCACCUGGUCAACGGCUGCUUUUCCUGUCCUUCCUGCAAGAAAACCUUCACAGACUUCAUACAGGUUAAGAAACAUGUGAGAAGUUUCCACUCCGAGAAGAUCUUCCAGUGUACAGAGUGUGAUAAAGCCUUCUGCAGGCCUGAUAAACUACGCCUCCACAUGCUUCGCCACUCUGACCGCAAGGACUUCCUGUGCUCCACCUGUGGAAAACAGUUUAAGAGGAAGGAUAAACUACGGGAGCACAUGCAGAGGAUGCACAACCCUGAACGUGAGGCCAAAAAGGCGGACCGCAUCCACCGCACCAAAGCUUUGAAACAGAAGGAGCCCACCACCGACUUUGAGAGCUUCAUGUUUAAAUGCAGACUCUGUAUGAUGGGCUUCAGAAGACGAGGAAUGCUGGUGAAUCACCUGUCUAAACGACAUCCUGAGAUGCGAUUGGAGGAGGUUCCUGAGCUGACGCUGCCCAUAAUUAAACCCAACAGAGAUUACUUUUGCCAGUACUGUGAUAAGGUGUAUAAAAGUGCCAGUAAGAGGAAGGCCCACAUUUUGAAGAACCACCCUGGGGCAGAACUGCCCCCCAGUAUCCGGAAGCUGCGUCCGGCCGGUCCGGGAGAGCCUGACCCCAUGCUGAGCACACACACACAGCUGACCGGCACCAUCGCUUCUGCACCUGUCUGCUGCCCACACUGUGCCAAACAGUACAGCAGCAAGACCAAGAUGGUCCAGCACAUCCGUAAGAAGCAUCCGGAGUAUCAGUACAGCAGCAGCAGCAGCAUCCCGGCACCUCUGGCUGCUACCGUCAUCAGCAGCGCUCCUGCCGUCAUCACAACAGACGGCAGUACUGCGGAGACCGUGGUGACGACCGAUCUGUUGACCCAGGCCAUGACGGAGCUGUCCCAGACCCUGACCACAGACUACCGCACAGCACAAGGGGAUUUCCAGAGGAUCCAGUACAUCCCAGUGUCUCAGGCAGGAGGAGGCCUGUCCCAGCCACAGCACAUACAGCUGCAGGUGGUGCAGGUGGCCCCGGCGUCCUCUCCUCACUCUCAGCACUCUACAGUCGAUGUGAGUCAGUUACAUGACCCUCACAGUUACAGUCAGCACUCUAUUCAGGUUCAGCACAUCCAGGUGGCUGAGCCCACGGGGACGGUGCAGGCCAAUGCACAGGUUUCAGCUCAGCCUCUAAGCCCCUCCUCUCAGCAAGCGGCUCAGGAGCUUAGCACCACCCAGCUGACCCCUGUGACCCUCGCUCAGGGCCAGACUCUACAGACGUCCACCAAUCAGACGCAAGGUGCUGCUCAGCAUGCGUACCUACCCAGCAACUGGAACUACAGGAGUUACCCCUCUGAGAUCCAGAUGAUGGCUCUUCCUCAUACUCAGUAUGUGAUAGCAGAGGCCAGCACCCCCGUCACUGCGUCCGGCAACAGCAGUCAGGUCAAGACGACACAUUAUGUGAUCUCGGAAGGACAGACGGAGCUGGAUGGUAAGCCGCUGAGUGUCCCUUCAUCCGCUGGGCAGGUUCACCCCGACCCACUGGAGCAGCCGGCCGUCAGUCAGCAGACCACCACGCAGUACAUCAUCACCACCACCACCAACGGGACAGGGGCCAGUGAAGUUCACAUCACCAAACCCUGACCCUCAAUCACACAUGAAGAAACUGAUUUGUCGUCUUCAGCUGCAGAGUUACUUUAAAUGAACAGAUUUCUGAUUUAUUUUCUUGAAGAGUUAAAAAGAUGAACUCAAAUAGUGAAGAUGUUUUUGUAUGAAAAAUAAUAAAAACACUGGAGUGGGUAACUGUGUUUCUCUAGACACCCAAAAAUACCUAAUUGUGUUUGUUUUCAGGAACUAUCAUGACUUUUAACCUGUGACAUCUUGCCUUUUAUCUUCAUUUUGGUAUUUUUUUUUUUUCCCUCUUUAUUUUUUUAAUUCAGUAAAGUACUGAAAGAUUCAUACUUAAGACUGAUGAGAGACCUUUAAAAGGAUUUUUUUUUUAAUUAUUAUUUCUUUGUUUCCCCACAAUAAAAGGGGUCAAGCGCUGUGGAUCCUCAUUUCGCUGGCUUUUGUUUGAAUAUAUUUGGAAAUCUUCAUGUAAAAUUUGGCACAGCCGCAAAGCCUGGAAAAAUACUGCCUUGAUGAGCAGGCGGAUCUUAUAAAAGAUCACAAUUUACCCCAAAAUCCAAAGAGAGAAUUAGAAUUUGCACAGAGAAUGUGAAGCUUUGUGACUUAAUUUUUGUUACUAUAAAGUGUUAGAAUUAAAUUUAGCUUGAUUGUCAUGAACAUAAUGUCACGAUGCAAAAAUAUACUUCAGUUUCUUACGAUGAAAUGUAAUGUAUUUUUGUAAUGUGUUUUAGAGUGGAAUAUGACCUUGACAUUUCAUUUCGAGAAUCUAACAUCAAUCUCAAAAUCGCAUUAUUUUGAUAACGCAAAACUUCCCAGAUCAGAUCGUCAAUCCCCACAUCAGCUCCCUUGCAAAUGAAAGCGAACCCCAAAUGAUUACUUAAUUAUAUUAACUAUAAAUAAUUAAAAUAUGCUCCACUGAAGAAGUCAACUGCCAGAAUGAGGUUCAGAUGAAGGUUGAACCCUUUAUACCCUCCAAAAAAUCCUCCAAAAAAUCCAAAUCAGAGUCCUCAUAUUAUUUUAUGCAUUAUCUGUUAAAACGACUGGAAGAUCUUGUGUAUUUCAUGUAACUUGUGUUUAUGGACAUACUAGUAUUUAUUUGGGUUUUGCACAUCCAUUAGUGGAGCACUGCUGCAACUUUAGAACCUGAGAAAGGGAAAUGUAUCCAGCAUACACUAUUUAUACUGAGACAAACUUGUACAAUGUAAAAAAAAAAUCUGUACUAUGAUGAGUAUUGUAAUUAUUGACAGUUUAUGUACAGUAAUGCGCCUCAGUGUCUCUGGGUUGGUGUCUCCUGUUGUUCCUAGUGAUCGUAAAUAAACAUCCUUUUGUAGACUUCA